GGGUGUAUGGUGGCUGGCUUCUUGACAGUGUUUUCCUCCGAGCUGUCCAUCUUGACGCUGACUGUGAUCACGUUGGAGCGCUGGUACGCCAUCACCUACGCUAUUCAUCUCAACAAGAGGCUGCGCCUGCCAGUGGCUCUCAAGGUGAUGAUUCUCGCCUGGAUUUACGCUAUUACCAUGGCAGCUCUUCCUCUUAUGGGCGUCUCAGGCUAUUCUAAGACCAGCAUUUGCUUGCCUAUGGAAGCGAAUGAUGGAGGUGACCAAGUUUACCUGCUUAUCCUCCUCAUCACCAAUGGUCUCGCUUUCAUCCUCAUCUGUGUCUGCUAUGCAAAAAUGUAUUGUUCUAUUGCAGGCAACAACAUGGCAGCUAGCACCUCAGACACCACUGUAGCUAAGCGUAUGGCACUCCUGGUUUUUACUGACUUUGCUUGUUGGGCCCCAGUGGCUUUUUUUGGGUUAACAGCCGUGUCAGGUUACCCUCUUAUUAGUGUAACACACGCUAAAUUUCUGUUAGUUUUCUUCUAUCCCCUCAAUUCCUGUGCUAACCCCUAUCUGUAUGCUAUUCUCACGAAGCAAUAUCGUCGUGACCUCUUCAUCCUGCUGGCUCGACAUGGCUUCUGCACCAAGCGAGCAAUGAAGUACAAAGGGGGCUACUCGACUAACACCUGGCUCAAUCACCAUAAUGUUUGUGUCAGUGGUGGAACGGGUGGAGGCCCAAGUAGACGUAUAUCAACACUGACGCAAAUCACAACCUGCGGUGAUUGGCGAAACCGCGUUAGGGAUGGUUCAGAGGAGAGUCUUGGUCGCCAGUGUUCACCCAGCCGGCCAAGGAGCAUCUCAGCUGAGCUCACACUCUCCAGCUCUAUGACCAUACUUUAACUGACCGUCGAUUCUCUGACGUUGGUCGACGACUGCAGCCUGUAGCAGAGGUGCGGGAUGGCAGAGUAUCUCCCAGACUCUGUACACUGACUCCUAACUCUGGCUCGCCUCACCCUAUCAAGAACUGCUAUGCUCGCAUGAACUUUACGCCCGAACAAGAAGCAAUGCUUCUGCGAUAUGCAUCUAACAAACAGCCUUGUGUGACGCUUGGCAAAGCUUGGAAACGCACUGGCUCUUUUGACAAAGACGAGACUGUCCCGAUGUCCAUCUACUCACCAACUACACCAGACACAGUUACCACGCCGGUAUCACCACAGCAGGACCACUCAGUAUAGACGUUUUAUGCCCAGUCUUAGGCAAGCCUCAAAACUUCUCAAGCUGAUUCCUAUGUUUCUUAUAUCAUACAAUUGUAAAAGUAAGAAAGUGGAAAGAAAAUUAGUUUCCUAUUAUAUAAGAGUAUUUUUAGUGAUUAUAAUGACUAUUCAAUUUAGUGAUGAUUAUAGUGAGAUAAACCAUGAUACGGGUAAGAUAAACCAUAGCAUGGGUGAGAUAAACCAUAGCAUGGGUGAGAUAAACCAUGAUACGGGUGAGAUAAACCAUGGUACGAGUGAAAUAAACCAUGGUUCGGGUGGCUUUAAGACCUGCACAGUAACUCCAGGCUUUAAAACUCACCAUUUAUGAUAUCUGUAUUAGCAGUAAUGUUGAGGCAGAAGUGCUUAUGAUUUUUUUUAAUGUCAAUUCUCAAGUUGAAUGUGACAUUGAAUCUUCAAAAUAGUAAUUUAAAAUGCACUUACAAAAACGAUAUCAGUUUUUACAGCUUGUAAACUAUUCACAAGAUGACAAUUAUAGUAUCUGAAUAUUUCUAUUUAUACAAUACAAGUCGUGCAGAAUUAAAACAAAACAUUGAAUUUUGUUGUGUAUAUACCAAGCAACAAUGUUAGAGGAGACUUAAGAAUCAGAUCAUAAGUGUACAAUAGUAGCAGUUUGUGCCAGGCAACACCAGCUACAACACUUUUCCAAGUGUGCUAUUAUUAAUAUAAUUUAAUAAUGUAAAGAAAUGAGUGUUUACCUCAUAUUAAUAAACAAAAAGUAACCUAUUUUUAUACAGACAGUUUACAGUGACGUCCAAUAACCUAAUUCUCUUAACCUAUUCUAAUGAGUGUUUCCUACUAUGCCAGAGACUUCUAUAUUAUAUAACUUUCUAUUUUCAUUUUGUCCUUGUAACUUAUAUCUGCCUCCUCACCUUUCUUUCAUCCUCCAUCACCUCAGGUUCUCCUAAUCCACUAACAUUACUGUUUUCUCCAACAGUCUCAUUAGUCGUUCCAGUAACUCAAAACCACUUUCAUGAUCAUCUACUUUCCCCUCCCCCUGUGAAACACACUCCCCCUGUGAAACACACUCCCCAUGUGGAACACACACUCCCCCUAUUGAACACAUACUCCUCUGUGGAACACACUCCCCCUGUGAAACACACACUCCUCCUAUGGAACACCCCCCAUCUGUGGAACACACACUCCCCCUGCAGAACACACACUCCCCCUAUGGAACACACACUCUCCCUGUGGAACACACAUUCCCCCUGUGGAACAAACUGCUAAACGACCUUGAUACUUCGAAGGCAAUGGGACCGGACAACAUCUCCCCAUGGAUCCUUAGAGAGGGAGCAGAAAUGCUGUGUAUGCCACUAACCACAAUCUUCAACCCAAUCUUGAAACCGGCAACUACCUGAGGUAUGGAAGACGGCAAAUGUAGUUUCCAUUUUAAAAAAGGAGACAGAAAAGAGGCACUAAACUAUAGACCAGUGUCACUGACGUGUGUAGUAUGCAGAGAAGAUUAUCAGGAGGAGAGUGAUGGAGCAACUGGAAAGGAACAAGAGUAUAAACAACAACUGGCACGUAUUCAUGAAGACAAAUCCUGUGUCACAAACCUUCUGGAGUUUUAUGAUAAAGUAAGAGAAGUAAGAUACGAGAGAGAGAGGUGGAUUGAUUGCAUUUUCUUGGACUGCAAGAAGGCCUUCGACACAGUUCCUCACAAGAGAUAAGUGCAGAAGCUAGAGGAUCAGGCGCGUAUAACAGGAAGGGCACUGCAAUGGAUCAGAGAAUACCUGACAGGGAGGCAACAACGAGUUAUGGUACGUGAUGAGGUAUCACAGUGAGCACCUGUGACGAGCGGGGUUCCACAGGGGUCGGCCCUAGGACCAGUGCUAUUUUUAGUAUGUGUGAAUGACAUAAUGGAAGGGAUAGACUCAGAAGUGCCCCUGUUUGCAGGUAAUGUGAAGUUAAUGAGGAGAACUAAAUCAGAUGAGGAUUAGGCAGGGCUUCAAAGAAACCUGGGCAGGCUGGACACCUGGUCCAGCAACUGGCUUCUCGAAUUUAACCCUGCCAAGUGCAAAGUCAUGAUCGGGGAAAGGAAAAGAAGACCGCAGACAGAGUAUAACAUCGAGUACGUCUUCAGAAGCACACACCACCCAGAUAACUGCUGCAGCAUAUGGGCACCUGGCAAACCUGAGAACAGCGUUCCAGUACCUUAAUAAGGAAUCGUUCAAGACACUGUGCAUCAUGUACGUCAGGCCCAUACUGGAAUAUGCAGCACCAGUUUGGAACCCACACUUGGUCAAGCACGUCAAGAAAUUAGAGAAAGUGCAAAGGUUUGCGACAAGGUUAGUUCCAGAGCUAAGGGGAGAAAUGAUAACGACAUUAAAAAUACUGCUUGGGAUAGACAAGUUGGACAGAGACGGAUGUUCCAGAGAGGGGACACAGAAACAAGGGGUCACACUUGGAAGUUGAAGACUCAGAUGAGUCAAAGGGAUAUUGGAAGUAUUUCUUCAGUCAUAGAGUAGUCAGGAAGUGGAAUAGUCUAGCAAGUGAUGUAGUGGAGGCAGGAACCAUAGCUUUAAGACGAGGUAUGAUAAAGCUCAGGGAGCAGGGAGAGAGAGGACCUAGUAGCUUUCAGUAAACAGGCGGGGCCAGGAGCUGAGUAUCGACCCCUGCAACCACAAUUAGGUGAGUACACUCCCUUGUGGAACACCCCCCCCGUGGAAUACACAGUCCCCUGUGAAACACACUGUGGAGCACACACUCCCCUGUGGAACACACUGGAACACACACACUCCACUGUGGAACACACAAUCCCCCUGUGGAACACACUGUAGAACACACACUUCCGCUUGUGGAACACACUGUGGAAUACAUACAAGCACAUUCCCCUGUUAAACACCUAAUACCUUGCCUUGAGAAGCACCCGUC